AUGUGGUCAACCUGGGCAGUGCUUUUCCUGAGCGUGAGCUCGCUGAGCCCGGCGUCAGCCACGGCCGCCCACAAGGCCAAGGCCAAGCCGAUCCUCUUCGACACGGACAUCUUCUCGGACGUGGACGACGUCGGCGCCCUGACGAUUGCCAACACGCUGCACCGCUGCGGCGCGGCCGACCUGCGCGGCAUCUUUGUCAACACGCCGUCCGAGUACGGCUCGCUGACGGUCAGCGCCAUCAACACGUACUUUGGCCACGGCGACAUCCCUAUCGCGGCCCUGCGCCCGCUGACCAACGAGACCUUUGUGGACACGUGGGAGUACAUCCUGGGCGAAUACACGUCCAAGAUUGCGUACAACUGGCCGCACGACCUGGCCUAUGCAAACGAGUCGGCCGAGCCGCUGACCCAGUACCGCGAGCUGCUCGCGGCCGCCGACGACGCCAGCCUGACGCUCGUCUCGGUCGGCUUCCUCGACAACCUGGCCGCCCUGCUGGACAGCCCGGCCGACGCGAUCUCGCCGCUCAACGGCACCGCCCUCAUCGAGGCCAAGGUCGCCGAGCUCGUCAUCAUGGGCGGCGAGUAUCCCUCCGGCUGGGAGUUCAACCUCGGCAGCAGCCCGUCCGCCUCGCAGCGCGUCGUCAACCGCUGGCCACGCAGCGUUGCCCUCACCUUCUCGGGCGCCAGCCCUGGCGGCAACGUCUUCUCGGCCGCUCAUCUCGCCCGUGAGGCCCCGGCCGACUCGCCCAGCUUGGCUGCCUACCAGUGGUACGUCGGCCGCUGCGCCACCCGCCGCGAGUCCUGGGAUCCCAUCACCACGCUGUACGCCAUCCUCGGCCUCGACGCCGACGCCAGCGCCGGCCAGCGUCGGCCGCUCUUCGCCUACGGCAACACGCAUGGCUACAACACCGUCGACGACGACGGCAACAACGCCUGGGUCAACGACACUGCCGUCACCAACCAGCACUGGAUCACGCUUGCCGAUGGCGUCACCAACAACACCGUCGCCACCGUCCUCGACCGCUACUUUGCCAGCGGACCGAGUACGCCGUGCGCGGCCGUCGCGGGUAGCCACCUGACGGGGUGGUAG